AUGUGGGCAUCAAGGCCCUGGAGAUUUAUUUUCCUAGUCGGUACGUGCCACAAAGCGAGCUCGAGACCUAUCUGGGGGGCUAGUACUGGGAAAUUCACCAUUGGCCUGGGUCAGCACAAGAUGAGCUUCUGUGAUGACCGCGAAGAUCUCUAUUCGAUGGCGCUCACAACCGUCUCCUCGCUGUUGGAGAAGUACAAGAUCGACCCAAACACCAUUGGCCGCUUGGAAGUGGGGACGGAAACGUUGCUCGACAAAUCCAAGUCUUGCAAGUCGGUACUCAUGCAACUAUUCGGGGAGAACACGGAUAUCGAGGGAGUCGACACCUACAAUGCCUGCUAUGGCGGAACGAGUGCUUUGCUAAACGCAGUCAACUGGGUCGAAUCAUCCACGUGGGACGGUCGCAACGCCAUAGUCGUGGCGGGUGACAUUGCUCUGUACGACAAGCCCGCUGCACGCCCUACUGGCGGCGCCGGCUGUGUGGCCAUGCUAAUUGGCGCCGAUGCGCCGCUGGUUCUAGAGCCCUUCCGUGGAUCGUACAUGAAGCACGUCUACGACUUCUAUAAGGGCGACUUCAAAACGGAGUACCCUCUUGUCGAUGGACACUACUCCAGCACAUGCUAUCUCGAGGCAUUGGACAACUGUUACGAGCAGUAUCGAGCUAAAUAUCUGGCUAAAAGUGCUGGUUUGACGAAUGGAGCUGUAAUGUCCCGAGAUAGUUUCUUGGAUUCCUUUGAGUAUUUCGUCUUUCACGCGCCUAACUGCAAGCUCGUCUCUAAGGCCUACGGUCGGUUGUUGUUCAAUGAUCUCCGGACCGAGCCCGAUCGCUUUGAUGACGUUCCAGCAGCGGUUCGCGAUGUUGAGUACACUGCGUCUCUGACGGCCAAAGAGGUUGAGAGGGCUUGCAUCGGGUUGACGAAGGAAAAGUUCUCCGAGCGUGUUCAACCAUCGAUUACAGCACCCACGAAUUGCGGGAACAUGUACACCGCUAGUCUCUACUCUGGGCUGGUGAGCUUGCUGAGCAAUGUUCCUAGUGAGGAACUGCAGAACAAGCGCAUCGGCAUGUUCAGCUACGGUAGUGGUCUGGCUAGCACUCUGUUUAGUCUUCGCGUUAAGGGUGAUACUUCUGGGAUCGCGCAGCAGCUUCAGCUGCACGAGCGUUUGGAGGCUCGCAUGGCGGUCUCGCCGGAAUUUUAUAACGAGAUGUGCAACCUCCGGGAGAAAGCCUACCAGCAAAAGAGCUAUACCCCUGCGGGAAGCGUCGGUAGCCUAGCUCCUAAUACUUACUACCUUGUCCACGUUGACGAGGUGUUUCGACGAAGUUAUGAGAAAACACCGGUUGUCUGA